AAUGUCGUCAAGGUCAACCAAUAUGGCAGUAAAAAUGCUUUUCCGGAGUGUUGGUGGUAAAAUAACGGUAUUAUCGCCACAGAUAAUCCAAACUCUGCCUUUACUUCAAACAGUUUUUACUAAACAACUUUUUCAACAUGGACAUAGACAUUAUUCUUCAGAAAAACAAUUGGUGACUAUGAUUCCUGGUGACGGCAUUGGCCCAGAGAUUUCUGUAGCUGUGAAACAGAUUUUCUCUGCUGCAGGGGUUCCCAUUGAAUGGGAAGAUGUUGAUGUCACACCUGUCAAAGGGCCAGAUGGAGUAUUCAGACUGCCAUCAAAAAUUUUUGAAUCUAUGAGCAGGACAAAAGUUGGCCUUAAAGGACCAUUGGCUACACCUAUUGGCAAAGGUCACCAGUCACUAAAUCUUGCGCUCAGAAAAGCUUUUAGUCUUUAUGCCAAUGUAAGACCCUGCAAAUCUAUUGAAGGCUAUGAAACUCCUUACAAAAAUGUGGACAUUGUAACAAUACGUGAAAACACAGAAGGAGAAUACAGUGGUAUUGAACAUAUUAUAGUUGAGGGAGUUGUACAGAGUAUUAAGUUGAUUACAGAAACUGCAUCCAGGAGAGUGGCAGAAUAUGCUUUCAAGUAUGCCAGAGAGAAUAAAAGAUCCACAGUUACAGCUGUACAUAAAGCUAAUAUCAUGCGAAUGUCGGAUGGUUUAUUUUUGAAGUGCUGCAGAGACGUUGCUGCUAAAAAUAAAGACAUCAAGUUCUCUGAAAUGUAUUUAGAUACUGUGUGUCUGAAUCUUGUUCAAGAUCCCUUAUCUUUUGAUGUUUUAGUCAUGCCUAACUUGUAUGGAGAUAUUUUGAGUGAUUUGUGUGCAGGUUUAAUUGGUGGUCUUGGUGUAACACCCAGUGGUAACAUUGGAGAGGAAGGUGCUCUGUUUGAAUCUGUACAUGGUACUGCUCCAGAUAUAGCCGGCCAAAACAAAGCCAAUCCCACAGCUCUGCUGCUGAGUGCUGUAAUGAUGCUCAGAUAUAUGGGCCUCACUCAGCAUGCUGACAGAAUAGAGACUGCUACUUUUGAAGUCAUUCGUGAAGGAAAAUUUUUGACUGGAGAUCUGAAGGGAAAAGCCACUUGCUCAGAGUAUACAGAAGAAAUUUGUAGGAAAGUUGCAGCUAGUUAAAUUUUAUAGUUUGUUCAGGAAAUCAUAGUACAUAUGUUGUCAUUGGUCAUAAAAAAAAAUGCUCAAUGUUGUAUUUUAGUUGAAUCUCCUCCAUAAAAUGUACAAUUUUAUCUAAUGGGUACAAAAAUAGUGACAGAUUUUUCAAUUAAUCCAAAAUUCUGUGUAAUCCAAAAGAACUAGUAUCU